AUGUUGGAAAAUUUAAAGUUUCCAGAUAAGACGGAGGAACAGUGGCUGGGUGUCUUUGGUGGAAAUAAGAAUUUCGAUGAAUCAUUCGAUUCUACAAGGGUUAUUGUUGAUCCUGCUGGGUAUGAUGGAACUCUCUCAACCCAACUUGGCAAUCGUAGUUUCACAAUUGAAGGUAUCUCGAGCGAUGCUGCAGAGUGGGGGGACCUAGUAGAUGAGUUGGGUAUGACUGUUGAAUCCAGUGAAGCUGACGCAGUUGAGUUAAAGGAACCAGAGCCAUUGAGAGUUGAAUUGAAAGAAGACAUUGGUGAAAAUGCAGCAUCUAGUGUCAACGCUGAUGGGAUGAAGGCAUCGGGUCCACUGCCUAUGCAAAGAUUCAUGCAAGCGACAAGUCGGCACUUUACAAAAUUUGCUCAACAGUUCCAACAACGUCACGAAUAUGCAUGCACGCAACUACCACCACGUCCCCAGCAAGCUCCAAGAGGACUCAAAGCGGAUGCUUUGAAACAACCUUUCCAAACAUUUGAGCAGAAAGUCCACAAUAAAUGUCUAUUGGCAAGUAGCAAUUUAGCACCCAAGUCAAGUUGGAGAAAGCAACUGGAUCAAAUAAUCAACCUUGAUUUUGAGGAGAGUGAUGGUUCUCAAGGUGUUGGAUCCGUGAGAUACUAUACUUGUCGAAAGUGCCAUACCCGCUAG